ACCAUACAGCCCCAAGCCAGGCGGAGUCUAUGACCCAGCGGACAGGGUGGUACAAUAGCCCUGUUAUGCCGUAAUGCGGAGAGCUUGCUGCUAACUCUGGGAAAUACUGUCUCCCAAAAAAUACCGUUUUACUAAGAGUCUGCGGUGUUUUAUAUGUGAGGAAUUGGGUGAUAGAAAUCACGAGUCUCAAUAAGCUGCAGAAUUUACCGCUGCCCCAAGGGAUGAGAGGAGGUUGGUUGGAGUGCACCAGAGGAAGACUUUGUGACAGGACAUUUAUGGAUACGUCAGGAUGAAACGGCUCAGGUCUUCAAGCAGCAGUGACAGUUCUGACAAUGAGAGUCCUUCCACCUCAUUCUGCUCCUCCAACAAGUAUGGAAGCAAACCUGGAACCCCUGCUCCCAUGCCCAAGAAACCAGCAGAGGUGUUCAGGAAAGACCUGAUCAGUGCCAUGAAGCUGCCAGACUCUCACCAUGUCUCCCCUGAAGACUAUUACCUGCUGGGGGACACCUGGAGACAGGAGUGGGAGAAGGGGGUGCAGGUGCCCGCCUUCCCUGAAACCAUCCCACACGCCUCUAUCAGGAACAUAGCGGAGAAGCCUAAGGAGACGGUGUUCACCCUACAGAAGAGGUAUAUCCAAUGCUGGAGUCAGGCCUCUACAGAGACUGGUUACGUUAACAUCAAGGAGCUGGCUGAGGCCAUGUGCUCUUAUGACCUGGAUAACAUGGACCUCUACUGGCUGCAGGCACUCAACGCUGAGCUGGAACACAUGGGGGAGGGGCCUGUAGACGAGCUGACAAUGGAGCGCACCAUGGAGGCAUUGGAGCGUCACUGCCAUGACAACAUGAACCACGCCAUCGACACGGUAGAAGGGCUGGGCAUCGAGUACGACGAGGAUGUCAUCUGUGACGUGUGUCGCUCCCCCGACAGCGAGGAAGGCAACGACAUGGUCUUCUGUGACAAAUGUAACAUCUGUGUUCAUCAGGCGUGUUAUGGUAUAGUGAAGGUACCAGAUGGUAACUGGCUGUGCAGGACGUGUGUCCUGGGCAUCGACCCCCAGUGUCAGCUGUGCCCCAUCAAGGGAGGGGCGAUGAAGGCUACGAGGGCGGGCACCAAGUGGGCACACGUCAGCUGUGCCCUGUGGAUCCCUGAGGUGAGCAUAGCGUGUCCAGAGAGGAUGGAGCCCAUCACCAAAGUGUCUCACAUCCCCCCCUCCCGCUGGUCUCUCAUCUGCAGCCUCUGUAAACUGAAGACUGGAGCCUGUAUACAGUGCUCAGUGAAGAACUGCACCAUCCCGUUCCAUGUGACGUGUGCCUUCGAGUACAGCCUGGAGAUGAAGACUGUCCUGGAUGAAGGAGACGAGGUGAAGUUCAGGUCCUACUGCCUGAAGCACAGCAAGCCCAAGAACCAGGCCUCCUCCGACCCACCAGCCCCCGGCCUCAGCCCCUGUCAACCAGCCCACAACAAGCAGCCCAAGGCAGGGGAGCCAGGCUCCGGUCUCAGUCCGGCCCGGCCCAAACCACCCGUAGACCCAGAGAGGGGGGGCCUGAGGGCCCAGAGGUUACUAGAACUAGAGGAGGAGUUUUCUACUCUGAUUCACCCUGAGGAGCUGGCCCUGAACCUGGGCCUCCCUCUCAGCCUGCUGGACUUCAUCUACCAGUACUGGAAACUGAAGAGGAAGAGCAACUUCAACCGUGCUUUGCUGCCCCCUAGUGAGGAGGAGGGUAACCUGCUGCUGUUGCCUCAUGAAGACAGCAUCCACACACGGAUGAGGAUGUUCAUGCACCUCCGACAGGACUUAGAGAGGGUGAGGAACCUGUGUUACAUGGUGAGUCGGAGGGAGAAGCUGAAACUGUCUCAGAGCAAGGCCCAAGAGCAGAUCUUCAACCUCCACGUCAAACUGCUCAACCAGGAGAUCUCCGCUGGUCUGCCGGUGGACAGCAUGUUGUUCCGGCCUCCUCCCAGAAUCACCCUGAAGCUGAAGAUGCCCAAAGUGUCGCUGGGUAAUGGGAAGACCGGCUCCAAGACGGGCAACGGCCCCCUCUGUCCAGAUAACAGCGGGAAUGUUCACGAACGUAGUGGGGGAGGGAAGGGGCUGGGGAAGCCUCAGCUCCAUGGGCGAGGCAGGAGAGAGGAGCGCUCCAAUGGCAGUCUACUGUCAACCUCUACCUCAGCACUGCCUAUCAAAUCUACUGGCAAGCCCCUUACUGGCAAAACCUUAACGGGUAAACCCCUGGUGCUCCACGGCCAUUCCUCCAAUGGAAAUGUUAAACUGGACCCAGACCGAGCGGGCCACACCCCCAAACCCAACGGUGUGAUGGAGAAGAUGGUGGGCGUGACCCAGAAGGACACCGCCUGUCAGACCCCCAGUGAACAGGAAGCUGGUGAGGGGUCAGGGGGCAAGGGCAGCCAGUCAGCCAGCUUCAGGAGGUCAACCAUGGAGCACUUCAGCCGGUCAUUCAAGGAGGCGACGGUCAGUUUGGUGCGGACCACGGAGGACCUGCGUGGGGACAAGGUGUCCCAGGGGGGUAAAGGCUCCAGAUCAGCCCAGGACCGGCCCUGGGCCAAACCAGCUCCUGGGGUCCCCCAAGGAGCCAGUGGUACCAGAUCAGCCCAGGACCGACCCUGGGCCAAACCAGCUCCUGGAGGCCCCCAAGGAGCCAGUGGUACCAGACCACCACCCUACCAGGAGACGGACGGAUACUGCCCUGACCUGGAGCUUAGUGACUCUGAGCCAGAGGCUCAAGGUCAGAGGUGGAGGCAGGGUAGGGGUGACUCGGGGGGCCAGGCAGGAGGAGACUACAGCAGGGGGAACAGCAGAGGGAAGCAGGGCCUGGGGGGGUCCAGUAGAACCUCAGCACAGAGGUGACAUCCCUGACCCCUCACCUACUGUAGACACUGGCCCCAGUUCUGUCACUGCUCUGUCAUUCCCUCUCUGACCACUGGAGCCCUGACCAGCCAUAGAGCAGCAGGGGCCAAUCGCAGCCAUCUAUUGGUAAACUGGGGCAUCUAUCGGUCAACUGGGACCUGGGCCCCCAACACUGGCUGGGGCAUCUAUCUAUUGGCCAACUGGGACCAGGCCCCCCAACACUGGCUGGAGCAUCGAUCUAUUGGUCAACUGGGACCAGGGCCCCCUACACUGGCUGGGGCAUCUAUCUAUCUAUUAGUCAACUGGGACCAGGCCCCCCUACACUGGCUGGGGAAUCUAUCUAUUGGUCAACUGGGACCAGGCCCCCCUACACUGGCUGGGGCAUCUAUGUAUUGGUCCGCUGAGACACAUACAGACAGGAGCAAAGGACUGAUGCAUGGCGGGCGUCCUAGCCCAGAUCAUCACCUCAAUGGGACUCAGACGUGUGUCCUCCUGUUACGGAUCCUCUCUCUCUCCAUGCUCGCUGUGAGUGGAGCAGUGUUGUACUGUCUUCUGAGAUUAAACGACUUGUCUGUUUAUUUCUGUCUUCUCUGUUUUGCUGAGAAAUGUUUUUCUGUAUCUGUUAGGGGUUUAACAGUAUACAUAUUCAUACGGAACCUUGUUUUGGUCGCACUGUGAGCCUGAAAGAAUACAAAAACAAAUAUAACCACUACCUACAGGCUAAA